CGGAACUUACUAUGUUCGGGGUCCAGCUACGAAGUUUCCUCGAAUAUUCUCCAAAUGCCAAUUCAAAGAAGGCGAAGCCGAAGAACGAAUCCGGGCUUGGUUACCAAAAAAGGAAUCCGGACUCUCUCUUGCUGGCUUCUCCUCUCCGCUUUUGGACUUCCUCAUCGCCUUCUCUCUCUCGAGGAGGCCUUUGCUGUUGCCCAUAGAACCAGUCUUCUCCCUCUAGGGGUCCGAUCUCUCUCUCACUCUCCCCCCUCUCCCUCUCUCGCGAGUUUGGUGACGCCCGAGGUGAUGUCACGCCAGUUUCUUUCUCGCGAUGCUUUGAUUGGUUUGAAAGCUAUGGCUGAGGGAUUGAGCUAGGGUUGCGGUGCGCGGUCAACGAAAGCAACGCUUUUUGUAAGGGGUUUUUUAUCUCUGUUUCAAAGUUGGGUUUCUUUCUUUCUUUCUUUCUUUAUUGGACUUGCAGUCGGUUAGAAUUUUUCUCUUUCGUUUUUCUUUUUGCUGUUUUUCUUGCCGUGUUCGUGUGGGAAUUGGACUCUUUGGGUUGCUUUUUUUUCUUAUCGUAGUACAAUCGGGUUUUUGAAUUGUAUUCUUUGUUAAAUUCUGUCAGUUGGCUUUGACUGGCGGUGGAGAUCUGGUUUAGUUCUUCUUUUUCGAAGCAAAAUUUGAUUUUUUUUCCUUUCUGAAGUAGCUGGUUGUAAUUUUUUCCCCUGUUUUCAUAUGAUAUAUCAGUUGAUUAGGUGAAUUCUGUGUUGGGGAUUUGUUUUUAAGUUGGGGGCUAACAUGGUAAAGGAGGGAGCUUUCUAGGGUUUGGUCCUAUUUAAUGUUGGUGGUCGGGGCAUGAUGAACCGACUGAAGAGAUUGAAAGUUUUAGAGUUUGCUUAAAUUUCCUUUUUCUGGGACCUUUGUUUUUUUGGAUUUUGUGUUGGGUCGUUCUGGCAGUAUGGGUUCACGGAGUGGAGAGAAAGAUGGAAGUGUGGAAGCUGCUGCUGAGGUGAAGGAGGGGGGAUUUAGAUCGAAAUUAAAAGGGUUUGGGAGCUUUGGCAGUAAAGAUACGUUUUUAAGGGCCGAUAAGAUUGAUCUGAAGAGCUUGGAUAUUCAGUUGGAGAAGCAGCUGACUAAGGCAUGGAAAAAAGACAAGAAUGUUCAGAGAUCCAAGGAAGAAUGGGAGAUUGAUCUCUCUAAGUUGGAAAUACGUUAUGUUGUGGCCCAAGGGACCUAUGGUACUGUCUAUCGAGGCAAUUAUGAUGGCCAGGAUGUUGCAGUGAAGUUGUUGGACUGGGGAGAAGAUGGUGCUGCCACGGAUGCCGAAACUGCUUCCCUUAGGGCAUCAUUUCGACAGGAAGUUGCUGUUUGGCAUAAGCUUGACCACCCAAAUGUUACAAAGUUUAUUGGGGCAUCAAUGGGGACAACGGACCUUAAGAUUCCACAUUCCACAAGCAGCGGUCAGACUACUAUUCCAGCUCGAGCAUGUUGUGUAGUUGUGGAGUAUCUUCCUGGGGGAACACUGAAGCAAUAUUUGUUUAAAAAUAGGCGAAAAAAACUUGCCUAUAAGAUUGUAAUUCAACUUGCCUUGGAUCUCUCUAGAGGGCUGAGCUAUCUACACUCAAGAAAGAUUGUGCAUCGGGAUGUGAAAACUGAAAAUAUGAUAUUGGAUGCCCAUCGAAACCUUAAAAUUGCUGAUUUUGGUGUUGCUCGUGUCGAGGCUCAGAAUCCCAAGGAUAUGACUGGUGAAACGGGAACCCUGGGGUACAUGGCUCCAGAGGUCCUUGAUGGGAAGCCUUACAACAGAAAAUGUGACGUCUACAGCUUCGGCAUAUGUUUAUGGGAAAUCUACUGCUGUGACAUGCCUUACCCUGAUCUCAGCUUUGCUGAAGUCUCCUCUGCUGUUGUUCGGCAGAAUUUACGACCUGAGAUUCCUCGAUGUUGCCCUAGUGCUUUGGCAAAUAUUAUGCGAAAAUGCUGGGAUGCUAAUCCAGAUAAACGACCUGACAUGGAUGAAGUUGUGAGGCUUUUGGAGAUGAUCGACACGAGCAAAGGAGGUGGAAUGAUACCUGAGGGCCAGGCACGUGGCUGCUUCUGCUUUCCAUAUCGUGGCCCGUGAUAUCCUUUUUCUUUGGUCAACUGCCUUCUUUAUUAGUGUACAUGACCCGAAUGGCUAUGUGGUGCUUUCAAAUUGCUAGGUUGGUGUUAAUGAUCUGGAAAGGCUCCUUUGAGUUAGAUGGAAAAAAAGAUUGUUUAUUACAUCGAUUAUCACUGCAGCGAUCUAUGGAUCUUGAAGUUAUUUGCAUCUUUAACAAGGUUAUUACUAUAAUCAUAACAAGUUGUGAUUUUAUUGUCGUUAUAGUUUGUACAGUCUCUCAUGCUUUUGACAAACAGAUGGUAUGUGAUUGUUGUAUCAUUUAAAUCCCAUUUGUAAUGCCAUUCAUCAUUAGUCUA